CAAAGCUUUGCUUCUCCCGUUAACGCGAUGGACUCGCUUCCUCCUCAGCCCCCUACCAAUUCAUCUUCUGUAUCCCUCAGCGUGAGUCUGAUCAUAAUCGCCGCCAUCAUUGUCUUCGUCGUGCUCGCCUCCUUCUUCAUCCACCUUUUCCUUCGCUUCCUCUCCUGCCGCCGCGGCUCCUCUGUCGCCGCCUUGCCGUUGCCGCUCGACCGUUCCCGAUCAGCCUCCUCCUCAGCCGCCGCCGCCGCCGCCAACUUUGUACCCUUCGACCAGGAGAAGGCCAACUCGCUCCCUGUCUACUCACUAGCCGCCAGCCCCAAGUCCUCGCCGGACUGCGCCGUCUGCCUCUCCCCUCUCCGCCGCCACGACGAGCUCCGUCUCCUGCCUGCCUGUCGCCACGCCUUCCACUCCUCCUGCGUCGACCCCUGGCUCCAGACCACUCCUUCUUGCCCCCUUUGCCGCGCUUCCGUUUCCCUUCCCGCCUCCCUACUUCCAGCGCUGCCGUCGGCGGUGCCGCCACUCUCCGACGAACCUGACUCCUCGAGAUUAGGCAGCUUCCGGAUCGAGAUAGGAAGCGUCAGCCGCCGGAUGACACCGUCGGGGGAGUUAUCGGGAAAUCCUUCGCCACUGCCAGCUCCGCUUCCGUCGUCCCUGAGGACGUACUCGAUAGGGUCGUCGUUCGAGUACCUGGUGGACGAGGAGGUGGAGGCGGUGGUGGCGAGGAUCACGCGACGGACGGAGAAGGUGGAGAAGCGGGGGGAUACCAACACCAGCACCGAAGCCGAUGCGGCUACGGCGCCACCGGGGGAUGCGGUGGCCGAGGCUGCGGGGGGAGGGCCAAGGCUGCUGAAGGAGUACGUCGAUCAGCUGUCCUCCUCGGCGUCCUCAUCCUUCUCGUCUCUACGCUUCUCCAACCGCUGGAGCCACCGUUACGACGGCGACGGGGUACGGAACUCAUGGGAUUUGGAGCGUUCCGCGUGGCAAGAGGUGGAGGAGAGUGGCCUACAUGACUUCUUCCAUUGGCUGAUGGGCGCAUAGUGCCCUUCGUUCGACAUCAUCGCACUACAUUUACCGGAAUACCCAACGCUUCCUUCGCGACCAUUACCAUCCCGGCAGCAAUUCUCCAUCCAUCUCCCGGAUCGGACGGCCAAGAGCUGACAUCUCGUGGUGAGACCCACACUUGUUUCAUAAAACAAAGCGGAAGUGAUUUCCUCGGAAACGUUUCCGGAUCGAGCUGAAAUUAAUUAGCAGUAACGUGUGGUACAUUGGAUUCUUAG